UUCGUGUAAGAGAAAGUGAUCAUCGAUGUUAAUAUUAUGUGUUAAAAGUGACACGAGAAUGGUUUUAUAGCAGUGCUUCCGUAAACAAGGUACCUAUUGAAGUCAUAAACAAUGGAGUUCGGGCAUCCUCCGCCGCAUAUGGGCAUGCCCGCGCCUGGUAUGGGUGGUCCUCCAAUGGGGCCACCUAUGAUGGGUCCGCCCGGUCGCAACAACAUGCGCCAUAAUUUUAGACCUUUCAACUACCAGAUGCGUUUCCCUCCUCAGGGUCCGCUGAACAUGACUCAAGAUGAUUUUGAUGGUAAACGUUUACGUAAAUCAGUAAUGCGUAAAACUGUUGACUAUAAUGCUGCUAUAAUAAAAGCUUUAGAGUGUCGAGUGUGGCAACGCGAUUGGCGCGAUAGGCACGCUCUCCAACCCGAUGCUAUGUAUACUCCUGAUCUGCUGCCGCCUCCUUCCUACCCUGAUAAUCCUAUAAACGCCGUAACUACGCGAUUUGUCAAAACUGCAACCAACAAAAUGAGAUGUCCAAUUUUUGCCGUCGCUUGGACGCCUGAGGGUCGUAGAUUAAUUACUGGGGCUUCGUCUGGGGAGUUCACUCUAUGGAACGGUUUAACAUUUAACUUUGAAACUAUCCUGCAAGCACAUGACUCACCCGUUCGAUCAAUGGUAUGGUCUCACGGUGAAGGUUGGAUGGUAACUGGAGAUCAUUCAGGGUUCAUUAAGUAUUGGCAAAGCAACAUGAACAAUGUUAAAAUGUACCAGGCUCACAAAGAAGCUGUAAGAGGAAUAAGUUUCAGUCCUAGUGAUUCCAAAAUUGUUACAUGUUCUGAUGAUGGAACUCUGCGUAUAUUUGAUUUCUAUAGAUGCCAGGAAGAAAGAAUUUUAAGAGGACAUGGUGCAGAUGUCAAAUGUGUGCAAUGGCAUCCGAAUAAAGCUCUCAUUGUAUCUGGCAGUAAAGAUAAUCAACAGCCUAUUAAACUGUGGGAUCCAAAAUCGGGAACAGCUUUAGCCACUCUUCAUGCACACAAAUCAACUGUGAUGGAUUUGAAAUGGAAUGAUAAUGGCAACUGGUUAAUAACAGCAUCCAGAGAUCAUUUACUUAAAUUGUUUGAUAUUCGUAAGCUUGGGACUGAAUUACAAAUAUUUAGAGGACAUAAAAAGGAAGCUUCUAGUGUUGUUUGGCACCCCACACAUGAAGGGCUGUUUUGUUCAGGUGGAUCAGAUGGUGCUAUAUUGUUUUGGAAUGUGGGAACAGACAAAGAAGUAGGCUGUAUUGAAGGAGCACACGAAUCAAUAGUCUGGACUAUGGCAUGGCAUCCACUUGGGCAUAUAUUAUGUUCAGGAUCCAAUGACCACACUUCCAAAUUUUGGACUCGUAAUAGACCUGGUGAUCUGAUGAGAGACAAAUACAAUCUCAACACUUUGCCUCCUGGUGUACAAGAUGAUCAUGAUAUGGAGGAACCUGCUGUAAUCCCUGGAAUGGGUCCUGAAGACAAUGUUGAAAUAUUUUCAUCUGAUACUGACAAAGUCAUUCCAGGUCUAGACUUUGAUACAACAAAUAUGCCACUAGAGUUUGAAAAGAAAGUUAAAAAGGUACCAUAUAGCAAACCCAUCCCAAGAAACUUCCAAGCUCAAUGGAACCAUGGCCCCUCUUCUGAUGAUGCUGCUACAGAUGCUCUUACACAAGCAUUAGUAGAAUCUGUUCCUGGAGCUAUUCCUCUUCAUCAGAUAACACCAUCUGCUAUAUUUAUGUAUGGGAAACUAAUUCCAGUUGAACCAGGCUCUAAGUUAGAGAAAGCUAUUUCAGAGGGUCCCUUAGCUUUAAAAAAAUACAUUGCUUCUGGAGAAAUAGAGGAGCUACAUGAUGUUAUGCCUCAUUUAGAGGAUGAUGCUGAUGAAGAAAACUUUCAACCAUUCGAAUAUCCUGAUCAUGAUAAUGAAAAUGAGCCUACUGAUAAUGAUAAUGAAAACAAUGACAGGCCUUAUGAUCAAGAAGAGGAUUAUUAUGAUAAUGAAAUGGAUGUAAAUGAUCAAAAUAGUCAGGAUGAUCAACAUUAUAACAAUGGCCCUCCUGAUAUGGGUAACAUGGGCCCUAUGGGUAACAAUGGACCACCAAUGGGAAAUAUGAUGAGACCACCAAUGGGAAUGGGAGGUCCCAUGGGCCCACCAAUGGGACCGCCGAUGCGCCCUAUGCACAUGGGUAAUAUGCCACCUAUGGGUCCGCCGAUGGGAAAUAUGCCUCCACAAAUGGGAAAUAUGCCACCUAUGGGUCCACCUAUGAAUAAUAUGCCUCACAUGAAUAAUAUGCCGCCUCGUCCUCCCUUCAAUGAUAAUGGAUAUAACAAAGGUCACUUUGAUUCAGGGUAUGAUAAUCAGCAGUACCAACAGAACGAUGAUUAUAAUGAGGAGGAAUCUUAUGAUCAGAGUUACGAUGAGGGCAAUAAUUAUAAUGACGGUAACAGUGACAACGGUGAUGAUGGAUAUCCUCGUAAUCAGAGAUGGGAUGGAGGCUUUAGGGGAAGAGGUAGAGGGCGCGGACGUGGAAUGAACGGUCACAACUCACGAAGCAACUGGAGAGGCAACUCGGGCAACUCUCGUGGGGCCCCGUGGAACAGAAGAGGUGGUAACUCCAACAGAGGCGGUAAUACCCGGGGUUUCAGACGAGGUGGUAAACCAAUAUCUAAUUAGCUAAAUGCCUUAACAUUGUAUGCAUGCACAGACUUUGAUACCAGUUUAUGUUUGAAGCAAGACUUAUGAUGAGUGUUAAGUUGUGGAUAAGUGAAAAAGACAUUAACCAUGUUGGCGUUACAAAACGGUUGUACAUAAUUAUUUUACAGCUUGUAUUUUAUUUUCGUAAUAAGCUGAAAACAAUAAAUUUGUAUUACGUCACAAAA